GCGAGCCGGGCAUGCGAGCCGGGCAUGCGGCGACCGCAGAGCGCCGGGCUGCGGUUUUCGCGGCUCCGAGAGGCCGGCCCCGGGGGGGGCCGUCAGGAAGGCUUGGCUGAAGCAAUCGUGGCUGCAAGCACCGCGGCACAGUCCGCCCGAGCAGCAGCUGCCUUGGCAGGGCGAGGGCGUGAAGGGAGACCACUCCGAGGAUGUUCCGGCUGUCCGUUUGGUUGUUGGGCCGGGACCCACAGCUUCGUCCUCGAGCGCUGCCGUCCAUGAGGCUUGACAGCAAGAAGGAUGUGCCAGAGGCGUCACUUGGCAGCGCGCCAAGUCAAACUCACAAGGAUCCCAGGAGUGAGCAGGUCCGGCCUCAGACCCCUGUCAAGGCCAAGACGGCGCGAGGCCGACCCUGUUUGGAUGCGCUGGUGAUGGCGGCCCGAGCCGCGGCGGCCACUACACUGGCGGGAGUUCCGUCCACAUCUGGAGAUCUCCUCCCAGUGGACUUCUUUGAUGUAGGCCCAAGUUCGCCCACCUGGGGCUUACCGAGGCCGCGCACAUCCGAGAAGAAGACAAAAGACAACGCCAGUUCUGGAGGCAGCGCCACCACAGCUCGAGAGGACUCCAUACCGCUUGGAGCUCCGCCUCCCAGCGCCAGCGCGGGCCGUGCGGGCUUUGACAGGGAGGCUCCCAGGCGCCCUGAUGCGAUGGCCUCGCUGGCCGAGGUCGGCGCGGUGCUGAGCGCCGUGCCCAGCAGGCACCGCGAGGUGCGGCAGGGCUUCGGUCGCUUGUCGUCGGGGAUGGCAGGUGGACCUGCGUUUCUUUCUGCCAUCCCCGAGGACCUCCUGGUACAGGUGCUCUCAGGAAGUUUAGCCUCUGAGCCGCUGGCGUGCUUGGCGCAAGCCUCGCGGAAGAUGAAGGCCAUCGCCAAGGUGGUGGCUUUGCAGCGCUUGCUGGAACACGUCGAGAACGAGGAGGCCGUGACGCGGAUGCCCUCCACGCCGGCACCGCCGGUGGGACCCGCCUGCCCAUUGCAUCGCUUGUUUCUGCAGGAGCGCACGGAAGCCUUGCUUCGGCCCAGCAUGGGAGUGCUUUGGCAGCCCUUGGUCUUGGCAUCAGGCCGACAAAGAGCUGAGGGAGGCAUCGAGCAGCUCGAGGAGCUCUUCCACUGCGGAGGCGGCUCCCAUCCUCUUCUGCUCUGCCCACGACAACGACCCCUGAUCCGGUCGGUGAGUUGUGGCAAGGACCACUUGUUGCUCUUGGACCACGCAGGGCAUGCUUGGGCCAUGGGUGAUCCAUGGGCCUCUGGCGUAGCUUGGCCUUCCGAAAGUGAGGAGACCGCCCGUCUGGAGACGAAGCCGGCGCCGCUCACGAGGGCGACUCCCUUGCAGGUGCUAUGGACGGUGCCUUGGCACGGUGGCCUGUGGCAAUGGGCACAGCAUCGCCAUGAGCCGCGAGGGGGACCUCUAUCUCUGGGGACGAGCCUUGGAUCAGGAGACCACACGUCUGACGUCGUACCGGCGGCCCAGCAAGGCCAGCUUCCCCAUCUUGGCCUGCGACAUUGCUGCGGGCGACAGUCAUGUGGCGGCUGUCUGUUGGACUGGGGCGGCGUAUUUUUGGGGCGAGAACCAUCAUGGCCAGUGUGCUCGCGAUCCGAAAGUCAUUCCAAUCCCCUGUUUGGAGGCCCAACUGCUGGUCCGAGCACCUGCUCGCGCUGCUGGUGGCCUCCAAAACGUGCACGCAUGGCGGGUGGCUUGUGGCAGGUAUCACACGGCGGUGUUAAGCACCGGUGGCGCCGCUUUCACCUUUGGCGACGGACUCUCGGGGCAGCUGGGGCGCCGGCCCGAGGAAGGCAGCGAAGGUUGGAAGCCGACCCAAGUCACGGCCUUUCCGGAGGGUGUGCAAAGCAGCCUACUGGUUCAGGUGGCGUGUGGAGACGACCACACGAUCUGCCUCACAGAGUUCGGGCAACUACUCACCUUCGGCGGAGGUGAGCAGGGCCAGCUGUGCAUGGGAGGCUGCCGUAGCCAUCGCCUGCCAGCUCUGGUGCGGCAAAUGCAUGGUGUGCGGGAGGUCGUGGCUGGCGGCCAUUGGACCUUGCUCCGCUGCGGCGAACGGAAGGUCUUCUUCGCCGGUCGCCCCACCCUGCGCGAAGGCAGGCGGACCACCGGCGGUGUCACCAUCCAAUCGUGGCAGGCAAAUCGUGGCCUGAGGGUGAUAUUUUGUCGACCGAGUCUGUGAGGAAAUGCGCGAGACAUGGCAUGUUUCAGCGAAGUGGAAGGGUUGCUCACUAAGUAAGGGAUACUAAGUAAGGGAUGCAGAUCUAGGGAAG